GUCUCGCUCUUGUCGAACAAAUUUUAGCCAUGUUCUCAUCCACCAUGGGAGCGAAACGGAAUAACAUUCCAAAACUGAGUGACGUUGGGAGGAUUAAGGUUACGGGAUAUGACACUGGUCUUCCGCUUGAUGAUCUCUACACGGCGUUGGCAGAACAUUUCUCUUCAUGUGGAGAGAUCUGGGAGAUUUAUAUUCCCUUAAAAUUUGAUGAGACUAAUACGAUUCUCAACAGGUUUUGGUGGCUUCUUCCUCCUCCAUUUCUUUCCAACUCAUCAGCUCAAGUUAACGUGGGAGGAUGGAAUGUCUCUGUUGAGGCUUAUCCGUAUCCGGCACACGCAAACGAUAAGGUUAUUGUAAGAGUUGAAGGAUAUGAUACUUCGCUUAGGAAGAGUCAAAUCUCGAGGGCUUUGGUUAAACUUUUCUCUCCAUAUGGAAAUAUCAUACGCCUCCAUUUUGUCAAAGAGAGCUCAGUUAGAGCUGUUGUUCACGGAAAAGACGUAGCUGAUACCGUGACUCAACUUAAUGGGAGCUACAUGCGAGGACGCAAAUUAGCUGUAUUGGGUGACUGCCAAACCGGAAAUACCUAUACGCCUCAUUCGCCGCCGCGUCAAUUUCAGUAA